UUUAUAGUGUACUUUUUUUAUUUAAGCGCCUUUUCUGAGAAUUAUAAUAUAUGUAGUGUCACGUGAAAUAAUUAGUUUUGUAUUUCAAGAUUAUUUUGAAGAUAGAUUUUCAAAGAUGAGCCAUAUAGAAAACGAAGAAGGAAAACCCGAACAGCAGCAAGCUUUCAUUUCAUUUUAUUUAUCAAUGCCACAGCAACCAUCUACAACCUUUCGUUUUUUUGACAGAAAUGAUUUUUAUACUUUACAUGGAUCUGAUGCAGUGUUUGUUGCCAAGGAAUUUUUCAAAUCUAUGUCUGUAGUCAAGUAUUACUGUUCUGGGUCUAGAAAACUAGAAACUGUCUCUCUCAGCAAAUUGAAUUUUGAGUCAUUUGUGCGAGACCUGCUGUUAUUUCAUCAUUAUAGAGUGGAAUUAUACAAAUCACAGACAGGAAGCAGGAACAAUAGCUCUUGGGUGUUGGAUAGUAAGGCAUCACCAGGAAAUUUGACUGAAAUGGAAGGUCUUUUGUUUGGAAACAUGGAACUUGUAGAAGCCAGAGGAGUUAUUUCCAUUAAACUGAGUACAGAAACCAAACUAAUUGUUGUAGGCAUUGCCUUUGGUGAUACAAUUUUGAGAAAGCUGAUUAUUACAGAUUUUUCUGACAAUGACCACUUCUCCAAUCUUCAGGCAGUUCUUGUGCAUCUAAGCCCAAGAGAGUGUUUACUAAUGAAAGACAACAGUCCCCAACAGACUCGGUUAAGAUUAGUGAUUGAAAGAAGUGGAAUUUCUAUUACAGAUUGUAAAUCAGCUGAUUUUGCAUGCAAAGAUAUUGCUCAGGAUUUGCAGCGAUUGCUGAAGUUUAAGUCUGGAGAAACUGCACACAGUGUUUUACCAAAUGAGGUUGACCAUAAACAGUCUGCUGGAGCCUUGGCUUCAGUUAUUAAAUAUCUAGAACUUUUAUCAGAUGAAACAAAUUUUGGACAGUAUCAUCUCUUGACCUUUGACUUAACUCAGUAUGUACGUUUGGAUGGAGCAGCAGUAAGAGCUCUAGGCAUAUUACCCUCUACUAAUGAUGGCAGCAAGUCUCAUAGUUUACUGGGUCUACUUAACAAAUGUCGUACUUCACCAGGACAAAGGCUUUUAGGACAGUGGAUUAAACAACCCUUAAUUAAUAUCCACAAGAUUGAGGAGCGAUUAAACAUUGUGGAAACAUUUGUCAAUAACACUGAACUACGUCAGGCACUACAUGAAGAUCACCUUCGUAAAAUUCCAGAUCUUCAACGACUUGCAAGAAAGCUGCAGCAAAAAAAGGCAACCCUACAGGAUUGCUACAAGAUCUAUCUCUUUCUUAAUCAUCUUCCGGCUAUUCAAAAUCAGCUUGAGAGUCAAGAAGGAAAAUGUAUGGCAGUAUUCAGAGAAUUGUACUGUUGCCCUUUCAAGGAUUUUGAAGAAGAUUUUGUAAAGUUCAGAGAGAUGGUGGAAACAACAUUAGACAUGUUCAUGGUUGAGAAUGGGGAAUUUUUCGUUCGUCCAGAUUUUGAUCAGGACCUAAAAGAACUUUAUGAUCAAAUGAAUGAACUAGAAGAACAAAUACAGAAAACUUUGCCUAAGGUAUGUAUCCCUUUUAACUUUUCUAUUUCUAUCAUAAUCACACUUGGAGAAACCAUUUUUGAUGACCAUGUGAUAUAUGAUUUAUCCCACAGUCAUGUUGCAUGGAGUUGUGUACCACAACCACAUUCCUAUCGUGAAGAGAAAGCCCUUCGAAAUAGAAAAGAUUUCUUCACCAUUGAUACCAAACAAAAUGGAGUUCGUUUUCAUAAUUCAUUACUCCGUCAGUUGAAUGCAAAGUAUGUGGCUAUACGUUUAGACUAUGAAAAGCAACAAAAGAAUGUAGUUGAUAUGAUCAUGGAUAUUGCUGCUGGAUACAGUGAACCACUUCUACAGAUGAGUGACGUGAUUGCACAUCUUGAUGUGUUAGUGGCUUUCUCUGUUUUAGCUGUCAGUGCUCCUGUACCUUAUGUUCGACCCCAGCUACUUCCAAAAGGUUCAGGAAUUAUUAGUUUAAAACAAGCUCGUCAUCCUUGUAUGGAGUUGCAAGAAAAUGUUUCUUUCAUUCCAAAUGAUGUAAACUUUGAACAAGGCAAAAGUAUCUUUCAUAUUAUUACGGGUCCCAACAUGAGUGGAAAGUCAACUUAUAUUCGCUCAGUGGCUCUGAACAUUCUGAUGGCACAGAUAGGCUGUUUUGUUCCCAGUGAAGAAGCACGUAUAUCAGUGGUAGAUGCAGUCUUGGCUAGAGUUGGUGCAGAAGACAGGCAGUUAAAAGGAGUUUCAACUUUCAUGGCAGAGAUGUUGGAAACUUCCUCAAUUUUAAAAUCUGUUACCUCCGAUUCUCUUAUUAUCAUUGAUGAGUUAGGAAGGGGGACAUCCACAUAUGAUGGAUUUGGUUUGGCUUGGUCUGUUUCAGAACAUGUUGCUACCAAAGUUGGCUGUUACUGCUUGUUUGCCACACACUUUCAUGAGUUGACAGCUCUCUCUGGUGAGGUCCAAGGAGUAAACAACUUGCAAGUUACAGCUUUGACAUCUGAUGAUACAUUGACUAUGCUUUAUAAAGUAAUACCAGGAGUUUGUGACCAAAGUUUUGGAAUCCAGGUAGCUGCACUUGCUCACUUCCCAAAUCAUGUCAUAGAGUUUGCCAAAAAAAAGGUCAAAGAAUUUGAAAUUUUCAGUAUUGACAGUUCAGAAAUGAAGGGCAAGGAGGACAUGGAACCUCAUUUAAAGAAACAAAAGAUAUUAAAGGAAGCAGAUGAAAUUAUGCAUAACUUUGUUGAGGCAGCACAGAAAACUUGCAGUGGCAGUAACUGUUUGUCAGCUUUUGAGGAAUUGAAGAAUGAGAUUCAAAACAAUAACAACAUUGUAAUAAAAAAAAUUAUUUCAGGUGAACAAGAUUAAGUGUUUAUGAGAAAUUUUUGUAAAACAUAUGGUAAAAAGAAAUUGGAAAAAUAAAGGUUUCUUUGUUCGUAGUAAUCA